GUAAUUUAAGUAAAUGCAAGUGGUUAUUCAGGGAUCUGGUUCAACUUUGUCAAAUCUUCAAUAAGAAAAAGCAAAAUGGAUCUUAGAACCCACAAUCUCCGAUCGAUCCCUUCCGUGGGGUUUUGAUUUCAGGAAUAAUAAAUCUAGUGAUUGUGUGUGUGUGUGCGCGUGUGUUCUGCUUCGUUCAUGGCGGCCCCGUUCUUUUCUACGCCGUUUCAGCCAUUUGUUUAUCAGAAUCAACAAGACGAUGUUACACCUUUUCAGAUUUUAGGUGGUGAGGCUCAGAUUGUUCAGAUAAUGUUGAAGCCAGAAGAGAAAGUGAGUGCAAGACCAGGUUGUAUGUGCUACAUGUCUGGAACUACUCAAAUGGAAAAUGUUUAUGCCCCUGAAAAUGAAGCAGGAAUGUGGCAAUGGCUAUUUGGGAAGAAUGUGACUAGCACAGUGUUUUUAAAUACCGGUUCAAAUGAUGGAUUUGUUGGCAUUGCUGCACCUUCUCUAGCAAGAAUUCUUCCGAUUGAUUUAGCAAAAUUUGGUGGCGAAAUUUUAUGCCAGCCAGAUGCGUUCCUUUGCUCUGUUGGUGAUGUGAAGAUCAGUAAUACUUUUGAUCAGAGGGCGCGUAAUGUUGUACCUGGUAUAGAGGGAUUCUUGAGACAAAAACUAUCUGGCCAAGGGUUGGCAUUCAUAACAGGAGGUGGAUCUGUGGUGCAGAAAAAUCUUGAGGUGGGGGAGACACUUGCAGUUGACAUGUCCAGCAUUGUGGCUGUGCCAUCUACAGUAAAUGUGCAAAUAAAAUAUAAUGGACCAAUGAGAAGAGUAGUCUUUGGGGGGGAGAAUCUGGUAACAGCAAUGUUGACAGGACCUGGUAUUGUUUUUAUUCAGAGCAUGCCGUUUCCUCGGCUUUCUCAACGUAUUGCUAGGGCAGUGACGUCACCAAACAUGAGGGACAAUCCAAAGUUGUUCAUGCAGAUAGCGAUAUUUUUCUUUCUUGCUUAUGUUGUGGUUGUUUCAUCAUUGAUCUUGACUGACAUUUGACUUGUUUUGGUUUUCUAAACCCCAAGUAUACUUGAUUGAACUGGUUGAAAACUCUAUCUAGCCCUAGUCUACUUAAUUAUGGUUAAGAGAAUGUAUGAUCUAUAAAGUUUUUUUUUAUACUUUGUUUUGCUUGAUACUAGCUUAAAAAAAUUGUAAAUUUAUUGUUUA